GAGUGGUGGGGUGGUGGUAACACUGUUGGUCCAGAUGUGUGAGUGGAGUGGCGCUUGGAAGACGGACAGUUCAGUUUUCAGUUCAGUGUUAACCGGGACGUCUUGAGAGAAGGACGUACGCCGUCCGUCAGUUCAGUCAAGAUGCGUCACCGCGCCUGGCGGUUCGUGAUUCUCCUCCAAUGCGUGAUUCUGUCGUUUAAUCACGGCGCGAGUGCCUUUGAUAGGGUCGUUAAUAAUGCGGGUAACGUAUCGCUAAGUGAGAGUGACAGUGCCUUAUUAACAAACAUUGAUCGAGCCGAAGACAAGAUUUUAUUAGGCUCGAAGGAUGAUAGUGUUGCUAGUUAUAGUGUCAUAAGUGAAGAUCAGUUCCAUCAGUAUUCAGACAACCGGGGAAAUGAUAGUGAAAAAUCAACUUUGAAUGUAUCUGAACAGGAAGGAGUUGAUGGGAGUAUUUCUCUGAAAAAUGAAGAGGAUAAUGAAGGGAUUUUCAACAACUUGAUAAAAUUUACUACAGGAACACUUUUGAAAAUGUUUUAUGAUUAUGAUUCGUCCAAACAUGAUGAAAAAUCUGAUACACAACUGGAAGGAAAACAGCAUACAUUGGUAAAUACUAAUAAUGUAGUCCAGUCAGAAAGUAAGGAAAUUUCAAAUAUUAAAAGCGAAAAUAGAGGAGUGUCUGUAGAUGUUUUGGACAAAAUAUAUUCAAAUUCUAAUGCAAAUUCAAAAACAAGUGAUGAAGAGGUUGACUCAGGAAGAUCUGGGAAGGGUCAGGAUAAUGACAACCAAGGUAUUGAAGGAGCUAUGAAUGAUCCAACAGCAUCGCUUCCUUUAGUUAAUUCUGGAAUCGAUGAUAGAACUACUACUGGUAUCAAAACUCAUAUAUUUUUCGACGAUCGAACCCUAAACGAUGAUCCUAAUGCUCAGUAUCAUCUGGAUGAAGGGCUGGAGGAUGAUGAUUUGUGGAGUAAACUUAUAAAAGGUGGGAGGGAGAAAGAAGAUUCAGGUCUGUUUGAUAAUACUGCUCAAGAAGAAAUCGCAGAAGGUGGAGUUGCAGGAAACCAGGAAUUAAAGGAUUUUGAGAAGGCGAAUGAACAGAAAAUUAUUGAAGUAGAAAGUGGAAUCAGAAAUUUGAGUAUUGAAGAAAAUAAUUUUCACUUGAAGGAUGAAAGAAGAGUGAUGAAAAUGGAAGAUAAGGAUGGAAAUAUGAGUAAUGAGAGUGAAUUACUACUCAGUGGGAGUAUAACAGACAAUACAGUAGUAGAGGAGAAUGAGCCUCAUGAGAAUAAAUCUGAAAACUUUGUAGAUUCAAUUUUAGAAACUAUAGAUAAGACCCAUGCUCUCUCAACCCAUCUAGAUCAAAGCAACAAAUCAGUUGAAUUAAAUUUGGAAUUCACUUCAACUCCAGUUUCCACCAUCAUUUCUGUUCAGAAAGAAGAUGUGGCUCCUAAAACAUCGUCUGAGAGCUCAACCGAAAUCAGCAACCCUUCCACAACUAUUGCGUCUACCUCGAGCUCAAAAUCAACAAAUUCCUCAGAGAUGAGACUCCUGAACGACGCCCCUCAGGACGUGGUGGAGCAGGGAAGUGACCAGGAUGCGUUAGAGAAGGAGGAUUCAGGUGUGAGUCUGGCGUUUGUGUUUGAUGCGACGGGAUCUAUGUGGGACGACCUGGUUCAGGUGCGGGAAGGUGCUGCCAAAAUCCUUAACGCCAUGCUGGAGCGGCCUGACAAACCAAUCUAUAACUAUGUGCUGGUGCCCUUUCAAGAUCCAAACAUAGGUCCGGUGACAGUGACCACAGACCACGCCUAUCUGAUGCAGCAGCUGAACGCCAUUCAGGUGUUUGGCGGUUCCGAUUGCCCCGAGAUGUCCAUCCACGCCGUCAAGCUCGCCCUGGAGACGAGUCGCCCUUACUCCUACAUCUACGUCUUCACAGAUGCCAGUGCCAAGGACCAUGCUCUGGUCGACGAGGUCCUUCCCCUCGUGCAGGAGAAGUUGUCAAAGGUGGUUUUUGUAAUGACUGGAGAUUGUGGUAAUCCGAAGCAUCCGGGGUAUUUGGUGUAUCAUAAGAUUGCCGCCACUAGUUCAGGUCAAGUUUAUCAUCUGAACAAAACUGAUGUUAAUGAGGUUCGUAUAAUAAAUUACGCUCAAUUCCGCAUAUUAUCACCAGUACUGUGUACUCAUAAAUCUCAUUUCUAUUGUCUCAUUACACGAGUUCCAAUUGUAAAUAGGCUGAAAAAUCGACUAUGCUCCGUUUUCAUGACUUUGUCAAUACAUGGUAUAGUUGUGAACGACAAUAAAAACAUUCGAUAUGAUUUGAAUAAUCUUGAAAAUUCAGUAUUUGAAGAUUAUUGUAAAUUUCAGGAACCUGACCCUGGUAUUUGGACGUUGCAAGUCGACGUUGACAGUGAUUCCCAGUUCACCGUUCGAACCACCGGACUGAGCAGUUCUGACUUUGGCUACGGCUUUUCCAAACAGCCCACCAUUAAUCCUGCUUACACCGUCGCUCGACCCUUUAAAGGUUCUGUUACUAAUCUUCUAGUUUGGACGACUGACCCUGAAGACUUGAAUGACUUCAAGAGUGUUCAACUGACAGGAAUUAAUGGCAAAGUGUAUCAGAUUCUUCCACUAGUUCCCAUCGAGGAGUACAAUGGUCUUUACAAAACUAAACCGUUCACUCCACCGGAAGACUUCUUCUAUAUACACGUUCAUGGUGUAACUAGUGAUGGACAUCCUUUUAGGAGAAUAACACCUACAGCUGUGAGCCCUGCCAAAGAAGAAAAGCCAGUAAUCGUUGUCAACAGUAAUGAAGUGGAGGUGUAUGCUAAUGGGAAUGCAGUCCUAAGCGGUUUUGUUAAAUCGUAUUUGCCGUUCAAAGUUGACUGGCAUAAGAAUGGAGUGAAAUUGGGACCAGAACAAUUUUUUCCACACAGUGCCAAUACCACCUAUGAAAUAAAAAAUGUUUCGAAGAAUGAUCAAGGAAUAUACAUUAUUAGAGCCAUGAAUGAAAUUGGUAGAAGCUACAAAACAUUAAAGGUGACUGUGAAAGGUGGUAUCCCAGUAGUGGUUGCUGGCAGUUCUGCAGGGCAUGGUGUCGUGAGAGCGGGGGAUGAAGUGACUAUGGGAUGCAUAGUCAGCAGUGACCUGCCUUACACUGUCACUUGGCUCAAACUAGCCAAUCCCAAUGCAAACGAUCUAGCUGGGAGAUAUAAAAUUUCCUUCUCUGUUGGCGUUGGAAAAAGUCGAUUCCACCUCAGCGUCCAUGAAGAUCCAAAAGUGGAAGUUCUGAAGAAAAGCAAUGAUGUGGUUGUUGGUGAACAAGUGACAUUAACUUGCAAAGCGAUAACUGGUAAUCCUAAACUAGCAUGGACAAGGAACGGCACUCUUAUGCACGGCAACAAUCCAAGAUGGAAAAUUGUAGAAGGAAACAAUCAAUCAGAGUUAAUUUUGAGUGGAAUUCAAAAGUCAGAUGAGGGAGUUUACAAAUGUGAGGCUGAAAACGAAGUUGGAAACGAUGAGGUGGAAACUGCAGUGCAAGUUUAUGAGAUACCGAAAAUCAUAGUCGAUAAGGAGAGAAAAGUUGUGGUUGAUGGUCCGACAGAAGUUGUAUUGAAGUGCCACGCUUACAAUGUCCCUCCACAUUACGAACUAGUUUGGGUUCCAGGACGAAUCCCGGAAGAAACAAAUUUGACACAGAUUUUCUAUGAACAGAAUUCUUCUCCCAAGUAUAAUUUAAGCACCAAGGGCUACUUGACGAUUAGAAACGUUGAUAGAUCUGAUCAAGGAUGGUAUACAUGUCUGGCCAAAUCGAAAGGUGGAAUCAGCAAAGAUGAAACGUUUUUAAAAGUUGAGGAAGUGCCCAAACUUACGGUGAUUCCGAAUUUGAUUCAGUUCAAAGAAGGGGAAGAUAUUUAUGUGCAAUGCUUCUUGGACGCUGGUUUACCAGUUCCCAACAUAAUGUGGUUUAAAGAUGGUCGAGCACUUACUGCUCAGUACUAUCACAUUAAAAUUGAAAGGAGCAAUGAUACAUUAUUGAAACUACAAAUAGAAAACGCUCAGUUGAAAGACGCUGGGAGGUAUGAGUGCAGAGCUAUAAAUGAUGUCGGUUUUAGUCAAGCGUUCUCAGAUGUCCAUCUUAUAAAGACACCAACUGCUGUUGCGUUGGAAAAGUCGUCCCUAGUGAAAGAAGGAGACCCUGCCACUUUAACGUGUCUCAUUUCUGGAAAACCGCCUCCAGAAGUGAAAUGGUAUAAAGAUUCACAAGAAAUACUGCAGAACAGUAUUGAACAGCCUGAAUACGUAAUGAACCAGAACAGCUUGCAACUUGCCUCAGUUGACAAGAGCUCGGCUGGAAUCUACAAGUGCAAGGCUGAAAAUGCUUUUGGAUUAGCUGAGGAUUUCAUCAAAUUGGAAGUCGGCAGCAAUCCAAUCAUCAAUGGUAUUUCAAACAGCACCGAUAUUGAAAUUGAGACUGACGGUUUCCUGUAUUGUAAUGUUGUCGGCUAUCCAGAGCCCAAAGUAACCUGGUUUCGUAAGGAUUAUCGUCCUUUAGAUAGUGAGAGGUUCAUAAAAACAGAAACUGGCGAGCUGCAUGUAACAAAUGCCAGAAAAGAAGAUGAGGGUGUUUACACGUGCGUUGGUGAGAACAUUUAUGGGUCUGUGACAUCAGAGGUUGAGGUCAAGAUAACUGGAAUUGUACAGCCACUCCUCAAAAAGACACAAGAACAAGAAGGAAAUUCCAAAGAGAUCAAGAAGUUCUUGCUUGAUGCCAGAAAAGAAGAUGAGGGUGUUUACACGUGCGUUGGUGAGAACAUUUAUGGGUCUGUAACAUCAGAGGUUGAGGUCAAGAUAACUGGAAUUGUACAGCCACUCCUCAAAAAGACACAAGAACAAGAAGGAAAUUCCAAAGAGAUCAAGAAGUUCUUGCUUGGCGAAAGAGUUGAAAUGCCUUGUGUUAUAUUACAUGGUCGACCAUACCCGGAGAAGAAAUGGUAUUUCAAUGGACAUCACUUGCAAACAACCAAUCAAACCAACUCUGUUUUAUCUAUGAGUGAUGAUGGCACAUUGGUCCUGAAUAGUUUACUACCCAAUCAAACAGGAAUCUAUGAGUGUACUGCUUCAAAUCUGGCUGGAGUAGAUAGGAUCAGAAUAGAGCUGGAACUGUUUAGACAGCCAUUAAUUUUAGGAGAUACACCCAAUGAAGUGAGAGGACUACUAGGCCAAAAUGUGGAAAUUCCAUGUAUAGCUACUGGAGAUCCCGCCCCAGUACUUUCCUGGGAAAGGCCUGGAUAUCACCAGUUGCCACUUGGCUCAUAUAUUUCUGACAAACAAAUGGAACCAACUGGGAGUGAGGAUGAAAACUUGUCAAUAACUAAGAAAACCUACGGUGGAUUAGUCCUUGUGAAUGUGACCCUGGAAGACGAGGGCACCUACGUUUGCAUAGCUGGCAAUUUGGCCGGUACAGCCAGGCGGGCUAGAUCUCUUCAGGUCUUGGUGCCUCCAAAAAUAACAUCUCUAUCGGAAGAUGUGUCAGUGAUAGAAGGACAAGUAGUUGAGCUGUUCUGUGAAGUGGACGGUAGACCCACACCCUCGGUCACAUGGCUCAAAGACAACACGCCUCUCAAAUUUCACCACGCUUUCAAUUCUAAAUCUAUAAGAUUCAGCUCAUCUGCCAUUGAUGAAGGAAAAUACACAUGCUUAGCUAGCAGCAGUGUUGGAUCCGAUAUGAAGAACACAACAGUCAGUGUACUUGUGCCUCCGAUUAUCAAGAACGGUGGAGAAGAGAGAGUAGAAGUUGUGGAAGGAGACAGUGCAGAAAUUCAGUGCUCAGCCUCUGGAGUACCGAAGCCUACAAUUUCUUGGCAAUGGAAAGGUUUGCAAAAUUCGUCGGACUCCAUAGAGGAUGACCACUUUAGUGAAAAUGAAGACAAGUUGAAGAUAAAAAAUGUCACCAGGGAGUUAGCUGGCUUGUACAUUUGUGAUGCUGAAAACUUGGCUGGAAUAACGCAGAAGGUGUUUCGUUUGGAUGUGCUAGUGCCUCCACGAAUUUUGGAGGACUUUCCAGUGAAUGUGAGUCUGGCAGAGGGUGAUGACUUCUCAAUGCCUUGUACUGCCUCUGGACAACCCACUCCUGCCAUCUUCUGGCAGAGGGGUGCAGUUCUACUGAGAUCCGGUCAUCAGGAUGGCAACAAAUUUGUGAUGCAAGACAAUACUUUGGUGCUGACAGCUGUUACUUUGGAAUCGAGUGGUAACUACUCAUGCAUGGCCUCCAAUACUGCUGGAUCAGCUAGCAGAAAUUACUCGAUAGAAGUCUAUGUUGCCCCAGUAGUAGUGGACUCAUCAGAGACCAGAGUGGAAGUUAUGGAAACAAUGACUGGAAAACUGACUUGUCCUGUUGCUGCAGCAUCCAUAAUGUGGCUCAAAAAUGGCAGCGCAGUGGAUUUCAAGGCGAACGAGCGCGCAGACGACGUCCACUUCAAGACGGCUGACGAAGGCCGCUCUCUGGAGAUCGUGGAGGCAAGCUCGGUUGACAGUGGCGUCUACACGUGUGUGGCUACUAAUCCAGCCGGCACGUCGCAGUUCAAAUUCAUGGUUGAUGUCAUUGUCUCUCCGUUCUUCCACAACGAAUACGCCGUCACCAAUAUCAAAGUGCAGCAGGGUGAACCGGUGCUUCUCAACUGUUCGGUUGGCGGCAAUCCUAAACCUAAAAUGAGUUGGCGCCGUUUGGAGGGGAAUCUGCCAGUGACGGAGCACACCGUUCCAGGAGUUGUAUUCGAUAAAACCAAGGAAAGCAUUAGGAUACCGGCAGCUGAAUAUCAUCAUGCCGGAAAAUACCAUUGCUCGGCGUUCAAUAAACUUGAUAGAAUUGACCGCACAUUCAAAAUAACCGUCUCUGGACCUCCCGAGAUUGAUGGAAAGUCUGAAGAAAGUAUAGAAAUAAUAAAUGGUGAAACGCAGAUUUUGACCUGCUCAAUCUCUGGUGUCCCAGAGCCUGAAUUCUCAUGGAUAUUUACAACAAGAAGGCAUAAUAAUGUUACACUGAAAGAGACCAGUAACCAGUUGGUGCUUGCUAAUUUCACAUUAGAUGACUCUGGUGUAUACUAUUGCAAAGCAACAAAAUAUGGCUGGAAUUAAGUUCAAGACUUUCAAUGUUUCCAUAAUCGAACCACCUACAAUUGAGAGUUCUGAGUUCAGAGAGACAAUCAGGGUGAGAUCGAAUGAGGCUUUGAAACUGAGUUGCAUAACUAGAGGAAUUCCUCAGCCGUCUGUGGCCUGGCUACGGAACGGUCAUAUUCUGAAAGCGGGUUCCAACAUGCAAUCUGUGAAUAAUACACACACUGCCACCCUGCCAGCUCUCGGUGGAAAAUACUCGUGUGUCGCUUCAAAUAAGGCUGGAAUGACUGAGAAGCAUUUCUUGGUCAAAAUCUUGGUUGCACCACGAUGGGCGAAACACGUGGAGAAGCUGACAAGCGACGACGCACUGACUCCAGUGGUUGGCUUCCCUCUGCACAUAAAGUGUCCAGUCACGGGCAGCCCACCACCCGACAUAACCUGGCUGAAGGACGGCCAACCACUGCCUGCUGUGGAGGGGGACUCGGUCUACUACGCCGAAGCAGAGGUGGCGCACUCUGGAAACUACACCUGCUAUGCUGUCAACAACGCCGGCAACUUCACCAAGACUUUCAAAGUUGAUGUUCUUG